ACGCGACAAUUGCUAAGCGUUUAAUGACGGGUUAAUAUGUUUUAGUAUUACUAGUGUAUUUAAUAUAUUUGGUAUUAUUAGUGUAUUUAAAUAGUCUAAAUAAUGAAUAAGUAAAAUGUGAGGCAUUACCACAUCACAUCGUUGGGUGUUCUCUCGUCUGCAGAAAAACGACAUUUGUUUACGCCACGUGCUCUCGCAGUAAGCGUUGGAUGAAUUCAAAACCAAUUCAAACGUUUGGUGCAUUUGCGCAUACGCAAGCUCUCCUUAUCAAACAAUGUACUUUCCCUUCGGAAAAGGGGAGACCCUUUUGUUGCAAUCUGUCACUUAUUGCAUUGUGGCGCUGUGAAAAAUCGAUAUUUCCGAGGGAUGGAAAAAUGAAAAUAACACUACACUGUCAUACCCGAGCAUAAGUUUGCAAACAGCUUUUACGCAGGCUCGUUAACGGAGUGAUUCAUAGCAGAAAGUAGUUAAAAUCAACGAGGCAGAAUGCUGAAAUCAGAAUUCCAGCACCAAUUCUGGGUGACGAAAAAAGCUGUACAAAGAAAGUUAGGCACUAAAGAAGAUGAAAACAUUGUGGCAUCCGAUGGAGAGCUGGAUUCGAAGAUAGAACUGUUCCGAUCGGUAGCAGAAAGCUGCAGCAAAUUGUACCGGAUAAUCGACCAGUAUCAGGAACGGGUAUGCAUACUGGCCCAGGAGGAGAACUCGUUGGGGAAGUUCUUACGCGAGGUCAGCAAGGAAAGUCCCACCACCGGCAAGAUGAUGUCCACCACCGGGAAAGCGAUUUCAUACUGCGGACAGCAACGUAUUUCCAUCCGAGUGCCGCUAUUACGCCUACACCACGACGUACACACGUUCAAAGGCCGGGCUAUCGCGGACACACACCAUACAAUACAGCUGAUGGAAAAGGAACGUACCGAAUAUCGGGCAGCGCUGAGUUGGAUGAAGUCGGUCAGUAUUCAGCUCGAUCCCGACACUGGCCGAGGGUUGGAAAAGUUUCGCAAAGCCCAACGCCACGUAAAGUCAGCCAAAACCAAGUUCGACAAAUACACGCUGGACUGUUUGGAGAAGAUUGACCUUUUGGCGGCGGCAAGGUGCAAUAUGUUUUCGCAUGCUCUCGUUGGAUAUCAGAAUGCCGUCCUGCUGUUUGCCAAGAAGACGGAUGAAACCUAUAGAAAUACGCUCAAGAAUUUAGCAAAAGAUCCACAUUAUAGUUUCUCGAUACUGAAGGAAUUGACGCAAGCAAAUCCAAACGAGGAAGAUAAGGAAGCCACAUCCGGGGAGCUUGUUGAAACCCAACCCGACGUACCAGCCGAUGACGAUCAGAUGCUUUUCUUUAAGGACGAUUACAAGGAUGAAGUGGGAACAAAACGGUCGGAAGAACAGAAUAUCGCUAAAGAAAACGUCCUGAAGGACGUCGCAUUAGAAAUCGAAGCUCUUCUUUCGGGCGUUCCAGACCUUAGUCUUGAAACCGGACCGACAAGCAAAACAAGUGCAUCGAAUCAAAUGCAGAGCGCUGCUGCGACGGAUCUGCUCGGUCUUAGCUUGGAUGAUGAGUUUUCGGACUUUAUGUCGGCUCCGGCACCAUUUUUGCCUUCAACGCUGCUAACGAACUGCAUCCUUACCGACGAGGGUGGGUUUGAUUUUGGCGCCAGUCUGUCAGAAUGUGUGGACCCAAUGGAAGAAGAGCUUCAACAGCAUGAUCACGAACGGAACGGAAGCACCACGAACGGUGGCAAAUCGUCCGAAAAAGCAACCGACAUCUUUAGCAGCUUGUUACAAUCGUUCUCCAAGCAGGGUUCAGGAACCACUGGGGGCAAUGCCGAUUCUAGUGCCGGUACAACGAAACAUAGCAAGUUGAACAGCGGCAGCACCAGCAACAAAUCAAUGGGUAAAGAUCUUAGCGGAUGGUAUCAGCUAUUUGCCGAACUUGAUCCGCUCUCCAACCCGGAUGCAAUUCCGUCGAAAACGGAUGCACCAAACAAUAGUACAGCUGCUUGAGAGCUUACUCGGGACAGUUCCGGUUUGGGGAAUACAAGCGCGAGCAGCGGAAUGCUUCAUUUCAUUAUCGUUUACUUAUUUUCCUUCAAUUUAUCCCUUUCUGUGUCUGUAUCUUUCUUUACGUGUUGCAUUAUCUUACUGUUGUCGGUAUCUUUCGGAGAAGUACUUUCUGUCCAUUAUUCAUUGUAUCGUACAUUUGCUUAUGAGUGUACUUUUAUCCGAGAGUGAAUAAAACCAAGUGUCUACUUACAAACAAA